GACAUCACUGCCUUUCUGACGGCCUUCAACGAUGAGGUGCUCGAACCGGAGUUGGCCGCAGAGGGCUUUAGUCGCAGAGUGACGGCCACGCAGGCGACGGUGGUCCUGGGAGACUUGCAUGGACAGCUGUUCAACUUGCUCGCCUUCCUCCGUCACCUCCAUCAAAAAGUGGACGUGACACACCUCUCCCUUCUUCCCGCAUCCAAGCUUUUCAUCUGCGACCCAAAGCUGCAGUCUUCCUGGGCGAUUACGUUGAUCGUGGUGAACGAAGUGUGGAGACCGUCAUGCAACCACGAGGCCUCGAGCACAAAUGACAGAUACGGCUUCAGCAAGGAGGUCGAGUAUAAGCUGGACAAGCGCUCGCUGCACUCGGGGAAAUCGAUGCUUUGGAGUCACUUCAACGACGCGUUUUGGAAGCUACCCUUCGUGGCCGGCGCCAAGGGGAUGUUCAUGGCAACUCAUGGGGGCAUCUCCCCAAAGCUCGUGAAGGCAUGCUGGAGCAAAAGAGGUCACUUCCGGUCUUGUUUAGGCUUCAACACGGAUAUUGGGUCGGAGAUGGUGUGGUCAGACCCCCACAAGGGAAGCGGAUGGGCGAGAUCUCAGCGCGGCGGUGAAAUCUACAAUUCCGGAAGGGAUAUUGCCUCCAAAUUCUUGUGGUCGAACGGAUUGAAGAGGCUGCUUCGAGGUCACGAGCAAAUGGCAAAAGGGAUUAGCACUCUUCCGCUUGACGCGGGUGGAGAGUCUCGGUGGCACGUUCUGAAACUUGCUAGCUUCCCUUGCGUUCCCCCGAAGUCACAUCUCACCAGUAUUUUGGAAGCCUACAAUUUUGCCGAGGAAUACUUUGUGCAUACCAUCUUCUCAGCGGCCGACUACGUCGGGACGUUUUGUGUCGACAAAACAAACAGCCACCCCUUGCGGCUUCCAGCGUGGGAUCCGGAGAUGUUCAAUGGAGGCAUGAUGGUAGUCAACUAUUCCACCGGCCGCGUGAACUACCACGAGUAUGUGCUUAGCGGACAUGAAGCUCGGAAGCUGGCGCAGGAGUUUACCGGGUCAGAAUGCCAUCACAACGCCGCCUCGAUGAGGACUACGCCGACCACAACGACCGCCGAGGAGACCGAAAAGUCGACCGAGACCGAAGAGCCUACGGACUCCGAAACGACCACCGAGGAGGAUCCUUUGGAGCUGACGGACGAGAUGGAAGAUGAGGAGACCACCACGCAAGAGUUGCCUUGGAAGGACCGGUUGCAGACGUUCUUCGGCUUGUCCUUGCUGGAAGAGCUUGUACAUGGCCCUGAGACAGAGCAGAUCGAGCUUCCCAUCCAUUGCAGCGACCACCUGAGCCAAGAAGAGGCACAGGAGCACGAGGAGUACGUUCGCUCCAGCUUGCUCGCAGCCGAGAACAUGCAGCUUGAAGCUCGGAAGAUCAUUGACCUGCAGGGGGAAGCGGCAGUCUGCGAGGGUCCGGAGGAGGCGAUAUCCGAAAACUGCAAGGCCAUGGCCCGGGAUGUCAUCACCCUCAAGGUCUUUACCGGCCUGAAAGGCAGCAAGCAGGUGCUGGAAGAUCUGGAGCACAACAUCGUCGCUCGUGAAGAAGAAGUUGAGGGAGUGGUGGGCAAGCUCUCAUGA